ACUACAAGAAAAGGUCGACAGAGGGCGACAUAAAAUAUUUGAAUCGUGGUUGUUGGUCCUCUGUUGGCGAAUCCCGGAAGUUGGUGACGUCUCAGACAAAACAAAGAUGGCAGGAAUGGGAAGCAGUAGCUAUUGGGAAGAUCUACGAAAACAGGCCAGGCAGUUGGAGAAUGAACUGGACCUGAAGUUGGUUUCCUUCAGUAAACUGUGUACCACCUACAACAGUUCCAGGGAUGCACGGCGAGGAGACACGUCUGACACCACACCAUUGCUAAAUAACUCCACACAGGACAGGAUGUUUGACACCAUGUCAGUGGAGAUGGAGCAGGUCCUGGCCAAACUGACGACGGUAAAUGACAAGAUGGCGGAGUACACCAGUGCCCCGGGCACCGCUUCUCUGAAUGCCGCACUCAUGCACACUCUCCAGAGACACAGAGACAUCCUACAGGAUUACACACAUGAAUUCCACAAAACCAAAGGAAAUUUCUUAGCCAUUCGGGAACGGGAAGACCUAUUGGGAUCUGUCAGAAAGGACAUUGAAAUGUAUAAAAGUGGUUCUGGGGUCAACAACAGAAGAACAGAGCUGUUUCUUAAGGAACAUGAGCAUCUGAGAAAUUCUGACCGACUGAUGGAUGACACAAUAAGUAUUGCCAUGGCGACCAAGGAGAAUAUGACAUCCCAAAGGGGCUUGCUGAAAUCCAUACAGAGUCGAGUCAACACGCUGGCCAACCGUUUCCCAGCCAUCAACAGUCUCAUCCAGCGAAUCAACCUCCGGAAGAGACGGGACUCCCUCAUCCUCGGCACUGUGAUUGGCGUCUGCACCGUUCUCCUCUUGCUCUACGCUUUUCACUGAAUAUUUAAAAGGAGCAGAUAGGCUCUUUGUAAUACACGUCUACCAGGAAUUCGGCUCAUUGAUUGAGGACUCUGGAGACUCCUUAGCACGAGGACGUAAGGUCUUUUCAACAAGAUCUACUGAACUUAUAUCUAGCUUUGGGACAGAUGGACAAUUUACUGGUUGGCGGAUUAUUUCCACCAGCAACAGGAAACUAAAGUACUAAUAACUCAAAACUUGUAUUCUAACUCACUUGAAGAGACAAUGUGCUGAGAAACGUUGGAAUAUGUGAUCGUUUUCUUUUUUUUUUUUUUCACAUUGGGAAGAUUUUUAUUUGAACGGUUCUUUUUAAUUGAUGUGCAAGUUUGAAAUGGACUUCAAUGUGAGUCAAUAAAUUAUUCAUAUCCAUUUAUUGUGAGAAAUAAAUUUAAAUUUAAGUGGA